AUGGUCUACAGGUCGCCUUAUCCAACUCUGGACAUUCCAGAGGCCAACAUCCUGUCGUACUUGUUCCCAGAAGGGACUGAGCCCUCAGAUGAGCCAAUAUGGGUCGAUGCAAAGGACCCAACCAACUCUUUGUCGCCGCGACAGGCAUUGGUAUGGAUCAAACGAUUGGGUGCCCUACUAGACAAACUACAGAUCCAAAAGGGAGAAGCAGUCAUGAUACUCUCCCCCAAUCACAUCUUCGUCCCGGUCGCAUAUCUGGGCAUCGUGGGUGCUGGACGAGUGUUCAGCGGCGCAAACCCCAUCUACACUGUCUCAGAGGUCGAGUAUCAAAUCCGAAACACCGGAGCCAGAGCCGUCUUUGCUCAUCCUUCCCUGAUAGAGAAGACGGUUGACGCAGCGCAAAGGGCUGGCUUGAGCAGAGAGCAGGUUUUCCAGUUCUCGGAUCGGCCUUGCACUUCACUCCACGGCAUUCAGGAUUGGCGAGAGAUUGCAGUCUCGACUCCUGAAUAUGCUUGGGAGCCCACGGGUCCAGCAUUCAGGACCACCCUCGCAACGAUAAACUAUUCUUCUGGAACGACUGGAUUGCCAAAGGGCGUUUGCGUUUCCCAUUACAAUAUCAUUGCCAAUUGCGAACAAACCAUAGUUAUGCGAGACCUGGAAACUUCCUAUACUCCCCCUGCCAGACGCCAGGAGCGAUGGCUAGGGUUUCUGCCUUUGUAUCAUUCUUACGGACAACUAUACAUGUGCGUCAUGGCGCCCAAGUUGGGUGUUCCGGUCUACAUCAUGGCCAAAUUCGUGUACGAGGACUUCCUCAAGGCCUUGGAGCAGUUCCGAAUCACCCAUCUUCAAUCGGCGCCACCUAUUCUAGUCAUGCUUGACAAGCGACCCGAGACCUCCAAAUAUGACUUGAGCAGUCUGAAAAAUAUUCUGUGUGGCGCGGCACCGCUUUCAAAAGAGCUGCAAAAUGCCGUUUCAAAGCGUUUUAGUGUUAACAUCAUUCAGGGCUGGGGGAUGACUGAGCUGACCUGUGGCGCCAUUCACGUCCCCGGCGGGCGGGUCGACGAUUCUGGAAGCGUUGGACUUCUCGAUCCGAACACUGAGUGUAGACUGCUUGACGAUGACGGCAAGGAAGUUGAGCCUGGCCAGCCUGGAGAGAUAUUUGUGCGCGGCCCUCAGGUCUGCUUAGGAUACUGGAAGAAUGCAGAGGCAACUAAAGAAAUCCUUGACAGUGAAGGAUGGCUGAAGACUGGAGAUAUCGCGGUGGUCAAGGACAACUGGUUCUGGAUCGUUGACAGGAAGAAGGAGCUGAUCAAGGUCAACGCCCUGCAGGUCGCUCCCGCCGAGCUGGAGGCCGUUCUCCUGGAGAACGAGACUGUUGCUGACGUAGCCGUGGUUGGAAUCACUCUAAACAACGAGGAGUGGCCGAGAGCCUACAUCACUCUCAAAGAUGACUACAAGGGCAAGGUCAAGGCGGACGAUAUUCAAGAGUGGAUGAAGGGAAGGGUAGCCAAGCACAAACAGCUUGUUGGCGGCAUCAGAUUCAUCGACGAGGUGCCGAAACUGGCGAGUGGCAAGAUCCAGAGAAAGGUCAUGCGGGACUGGGCUAAGCGAGAUGCCCUGGAGAUGCAAGGAAACUCUAGACCAAAGCUAUAG